AUGGACGCCUACUUUGAGUAUAACCAGAUUCGCAUGAACCCGAAGGACGAGGAGAAGACCUUGUUCACCACUGACCGAGGCAUGUAUUCUUACACGACAAUGCCUUUUGGGUUGAAGAUCGCGGAGACCACCUACCAGCGGCUGGUCAACCCUGAAAGAUCUUGGAGCUUUAAGGUAUUUUUGGGUCUUGAAGUGACAAAGUUUGUAAAAGGUAUUUCUCUUUCUCAAAGAGAAUAUGCCUUUGAAAUUGUUUCUGAUUCUGGUCUUUUAGCUGGUAAGCUUGCUACUUGUCCUAUGGAACAAAACUUACGGCUGCCAAAAUCAGAUUCUGUUGAUCCCUUACUGGAUGAUCCAGCUUCUUAUAGAAGGUUAAUUAGUCAUCUCCUUUAUUUGACACUUACUCGACUUGACCUAUCUUAUUCUGUUAAUACUUUGAGUCAGUUUUUGGAUCAACCUCGACAGUCACACUAUGAUGCUGCUAUUAAAGUGGUUAGAUAUGUUAAAGCUACUACAGGUCAAGGACUAUUCUUUUCUAGAUCAUCUUCUCUGCAACUGAUAGGUUUUUAUGAUUCAGACUGGCCCACAUGCCCUGAUCCAUGA